AUGCCUCAUCGCACGACAGCAUCCCGUCAGCGGCCCUCUGCCUCAGCUUGGGUUUCACUGCAGACAUUUGACAGCUCCCACAGUAGUGCCACCCAACCAUUGCCGACGUCGAGCGGACCUGUCUCUGGUCUCCUGGCUCCUGAAUCAGACCCUGAACCGACCAUCGGGGAACGAUGUGUUUUAACAGCCGUGCCACAAGCGAGCGAAGCGAAGCGCAACGAGAUAUUCCGAACCAGACUCGUCUAUUCGACGAAUCGUCUCGAGGAUGUGUGGUGCCUGACUGGGAUGACUCUUGCGUCCGAAAGGGUUCCGGCCGAUGGUCGAAGCUUUGAGCCUUCUACUCCUCGAGAUGAUAAGCAGCGCUGCAGCGAGGAGGGAGAUCCCUCGUUACGGCGGGGCCAAGCUCCAAAGAACUCAGUCAUGCAGGUAGGAGAAUCCCAGUUACCACGGGGCCAAGAGGUGGCCGUCCGCGACGUUCCUGCCCGCGAAAAACCACACGUGAGAGCUCUUUGCUGUUUCAAGAAGAUGCCAGCAGGCAACCCCCUGCCUGUGACAGCUCAGGUACAGCUCCAUCGCUUUGAACCUGCUUCAAGAAUUUGCGCGCUCAAUACUUGCACGGUCUUUGUUUUUUCGCCUAAUUUCGUCGUGGAUUAUUACCUUCAAAAAUGGUGCCAAUAUACAUGGCCGGAGCUACGAAGAGUAAUAAAAGGAAAAGGAUAUCUUGGUUAUACAAAUGCCCCGGCGCUCCCCGCCAUCGGCUCCUGA